AUGGACACAUUUAUUGGCAGGCACGAGAACUAUCCUUUUGAGCCACCAUUUGUUCGAAUAAUCUACCCGGUAAUCGAAAACGGCUACGUCUUGGCUGGCGGCGCCAUCUGCAUGGAGUUAUUGACUAAACAGGGUUGGUCGAGUGCCUAUGACAUUGAGUCUGUGAUCAUGCAGAUAGCGGCUACCUUGGUCAAGGGAAAGGCACGAGUGAAUUUUAACGCUUCUGAUGUGAGUAUAGGUUUAAAUUUUCACUCCUUUAAUAUUUUUCCAACCAAUAUCUUUUGUUGA